GGACACCUGACCAAAAGGUUAUACACAUCUUUUUGAACAACUUUUUGAACAACAAAUUGUUUUUCACACCAGUUUGUGAAAAACUCCAGAGACCAGAGCAGCUUCUAAACCCAACAUGAGCAAACCCACCUUUUAGUCUCAUGUUGGAUGUGAAUGUACAUCAGAUACAGAUACAGUAAAUGUAGAUUGAGUGGAAAAAUAUUAAUUAUUCUGAAUAAUCGUUGCUGUCAUGCAAACCUGCUGCCACGGAUUCUGCAGUACAGUGGGCAGGACGUUUCCUACAGCCCUCGCUGUAGAUGCGUCUUUGCUUUUCAUGUGAAGAUGGUGAAGAUAAGAGAGCGUGGAGGCUUCAGAAUGGCGGUUCCUCUGCUGCUCCUCUGCUGCGUCUGUGUUCUGAGAACCUCUCACUCGUACGUGGUGAUUCAGUCUCCUGAGGUCAUCAAAGCAUCGGUCAAUGCCUCCUUCUCACUGAAAUGCAAACGUGACCAGCUGCAGAUUGAAUACUGUUACAGCUCGAUCUCCUGGUUUAAACUCAACCUGAGGACUGGGAAACUGAGUGAAGCCAGAAACACUGGAGAUGACCAGCAGGAAGAUAAUAAAAGAUCAUGUGUCAGGACGAUCAAAAACGCCCAAAUUCAAGACUCAGGCACUUACUACUGCGUAUCUUUACACGAGAAGAUGGUUUUCAUUGGAACUGGCACCCGAGUCAUCAUUACAGACAGCGUUCCGUUAAAGCCCUCUGUCUUUCUCUACACCCCGGUGGAGGAGGCUGAUGCUCCCUCUGUGCUCCUGCAGUGUUUGGUGAUGGAUGCUGUUCCGUCUCAGAUCAGUGUUUGGUGGGUGAUUGGUGGAGAAAUGCACUCAGGAUGGACUGAAUCAGCUUGGACAAGAGAUAGUGAUCAAGCUAAAGAAUACACUCGAGCUCAAAUCAUGGUUCAUAAAGAGGAAUGGAUAAAAGUGUCUCCCAACAUCGAGUGUGUGGUGAAGUACGGAAACCAGACCGUGUCCAAAAUACUGCAACUACCAAGUCAUUCAGACUCAACGUGCACGUGGCUGCUGUUUGGAGGUUGCAGCAUCGCCAUCAUCACCAUCGCUGUGGUUCUCACUGUGGCUCUGUGUUUACAUAAAGAGAAAACAGCGACGUUUAAAGUCAAAAGCCAACGUGCCGGCGUCAACCCUCAGAGUAAAUACCAGGCUCAGGGGAAACAGAGGACCCUCAAGACCAAUACAGAGAAAACCAUAGAGCAAGUCGAAUAUUCCUGUCUGAACCCUGAGAUCUUCAUACGUCAACCAACUGCUGCAGCAAUCGAGUUCAAUCAUCAGUAAUGAAAACAUGAACAGCAACAUAUAGAACCGAAAACCGGAUUAUAGACACAAACAAAUGUAUUUAUUGAAAGAAUAAUUAAUUUUAUUUAAAUGUAAUUCUUUAUAUGGUUUGGUCAUUUGUAUAUAUUGUUUUAAUUAAACAAAUAAA